AUGGAAACAGAGGUAGUCGCCAAUAUUCUCAUACCAGAUCAUAACGCCAAUGUUUUCAAUCCGCCGGGAUGGACUAUUGAUAAAAAUGAAUCCAGAUUAGAUAAAAUAGUUUAUUUCUUAUUCUCUGGGUUACGUCGUUGGGAUGGUAUUUAUUUUUUGCAUAUUGCACGGUAUGGUUAUAGUUAUGAAAAUUCAUUAGCAUUUUUUCCGGCAUAUCCAUUGAUUGUCGUUAAACCAUUAGCUCAAUUACUUGGUUCUUUACUUCCUUUAAACUCACACAGUGCGUUGUUAUUGGCUUCGUUUCUGGAUAAUAUCUUUCUUGGACUAUUUAUUACAUAUUUAUUAUUUCAUUUAUCUGUAAAGUAUGGUUUUCAAUUAUCUAUUGCUUAUUGGUCAUCUAUUAUAUUCUGCAUUAAUCCGGCAACAAUAUUUUUUAUUGCACCAUAUUCUGAAUGUUUAUUUCUGUUUUCUCAAUUGUUAGCAUUAUUAUUCUUGAACAAUGAUCGUCCAUUCGUUGCUUCUCUUUUAUUUGGUUUUGGAUUGAGUAUACGAGCUAAUGGUAUUGUUUCUUAUGGUUUCAUUUUGUAUUAUUGGAUAACCGAAUUCUAUUAUCAAUUUCGAAAAAACUGGUUAUUUAUCAUUCGUAUGAUAACAAGUCUUAUAUUAUACUCGACUGUUUGUUUCACACCAUUUAUUCUUGUUCAGUAUUACCAAUAUAAAAGUUUUUGUACACCGGAGAAGCAAGAUUAUGUGUCCGAACUUAUAGAUUAUGCAAAUCUUAAACAAUUAAAAUUACCAUCAACUCAACCAUAUUCCACAUGGUGUAAUGAUCGAUAUCCAUUUUCAUAUUGGUAUAUUCAAAAUCAUUAUUGGAAUGUUGGAUUUUUAAACUACUGGAAAGUAAAACAAAUACCAAAUUUUUUACUUUCAUCACCUGUUUUUUACAUUAUAUUUGAUAUUAUUCGAACGUGGCUCAAAUCAUUUAAUAUCAGACAGUAUUAUAGAUCAAAUGGUAUAUUUCUUCUGUUUCACAAACAUUAUCAAAAUCGUAUUGAUCAAAACAAUUGGCUUUCUUCACCAGUAUUAGUACCACAUGUUUUCUACACGUUAUUUUUGAUGCUGUUUGCAUUGUUUUUCAUGCACGUACAGAGUCCCGAAGAAAUACAUGAGCAUACCAUUCCAGAAGAUUUACCACUUGUUGAAAAGACAUUGGCUUUGAUUGAAUCUCGUUGCAAUGUACAACAGUUUGUUGGUAUACGAAUGAUAGUUGACGCAUUACGUACCAAUCAUGAAGAAACAAUCAGUCUUAUUAUACCCAAGUUUAAAAAUCUUAUCUUGGAAUCAAUCAUUUAUGAAGAACAUGCCGUAUUUGCUGAUGCACUUGUCAUGAUUAUGAAAGAACAUGUUUUAAAUAGUUCCCAGUUUUUAUCGUUAUUUGGACAAUUAAUUGUUGGUCUUAUUUUCACACAAACAUCAGAAAAGCAGCCAUCUGAUUUGGGGGAAAUAUGGUGUAAUGCUCUGUGUGAGAUUAUUGGAUAUUUACCAGAUAGCGCUCCAUAUCCCACCUUGCUCGAUUUGAUUAUUAGUCGAAGUUUAAAUGGAUCUGUUCGAGAUCGUCUAUGUUCGUUGUUGGCCAAAUUAGCACCAAUGUUACAACCUCAAGUGGUAGAAAAUCGUCUUCUACCAGUAUUCAGAAAUUUUGUGAACGACACAAAUCCAGAUAUUAGAAGUUUAGCAGCUCGAAAAUUACCAUUUUUAGGUCAAUCGUUAGGACCAGAUGAAACAUGUCGAUUGGUAAUACCCCUUAUUCGUUUAUUAACGAAUGAUGAAAGUUUUACUGUUCGAGAAGCGUGUUUUGAAACAAUAUUAGACAUUACAGAUAUCAUAGCACACUCAUCAAGAAAAGAAGUCUUUAUGAUUUCAGAAACAUUAUUGGAGUUGUGUAAAUUUGCCAUAUUUGCACGUACGCUAAAAUUUGCCUCCGUGAUUGCUAACAGAUUACCAGAAUUAUGCCAUAGUCUUUCAUCCUUUCAGUCAAAUUCAAAACAAUUAUUAAGUGAAAUUUUCAUAAAACUAUCGACUGGAACAGGUUUUGAUUCUGAUGAAUAUUCCGUUCUUUGUCGAAUAGCUUGUGCAAAACACUUUCAUAUUGUUCUCGAAUUUGUUGGUGUAGACCAGUUUCAAACGUUAUUUGAUGAAAUAUUUAUUAGAUUGUGUGAAGAUGUCAAUGUCACAACACGUUCAACGAUGCCGUUGGCUAUAAUCAAUGUUAUAUUUCAAUUAGCUAAAUGUCUCAAUGAUAUACUUACUUUGUAUUCGCGAUGCGAUGGCAUUAGUGAUACCUCCUUUACACAAAUUCCUGUUGGAGAAACAGCAGCUGACACUUUUGUACAAUUGUUACGAAAAAUUCCACGUUCUUCGUUGCGUACUAUUGGUAUUGAAAGAUUGGAAACAGUUGAAACAAAAACUAUUCUACGUUUGCCAUACGAUCGGCAUUAUAUAAUGAAAUUACAAAAAAUGAUGGAUCGUCUGGCAUCAGACAGAAACCGAACGCUUCAUGAUUUAGCCACGGAAGGACAACUGCAAUUGGAUAAAAUCCGUUCAUUUAGCACAAUGAAAAUAUUUUCUUCGAGCUUAUCGGCAAAUUCUUCACCUUUGUCAUCCUCAGCUACAGCCGAUGAUGUUGACGACAUGAAGAAUAAUUUGAAAGAAGCAGAAGAACGUUUACUCGAUGAAAUAGAAUCACGUAAUUCACAAGAUAAAGCGUCACACGAUACAAAUGAUAAUUCGACUUUAAUAUCAAAGAAACUGAAUGAGACAUCAAUAUCAACGAAUAGUAAACAAUCAGGCACCAAAUUAAACUCGGCUACAAAACGAUUAUUAGUAGACAAACAGAACGAUGUUCGAAAAUCACCAACAAUAUCAAAACAGCAACAGAACAAUCGUCGACAUCAUUCCAAUCAGUCAGGUCGAGCAUCAUCUUUACAAAGUAGACAACAAAUGGUCCAACAACAAAAUGAUAGUGGUAAUGGUAGCGGUAAUAUAAUAAAACAUAAUCAGCAAACAGUAAUGGUACGGACGCCAAAUAGUCCGCCAUUAAGAUACAGAAGACAAACGGUGACUAGCCUUGUUUCUGUAGCACCGACGACACCGCUAUAUAAGUCGACAACCACAACACAAACACAAAAUAAAAAUAAAAAAUAA